AUGAGCCUACAUCCGAAGCGAGCCACUCUGGGACGCCUGGACGAUGCUGGAAACGGAAAUCUGACUACCACUAGCGACUGCGGACUAAGUCGUUCGCUCCCGCGUGUCUUACCCCGCUCCCUCUCCUCCAUCUACCAUGACAUCCACUCCCCCACUCCCACUGCUUCGUCCUCCUCUCCUCAUCUUGCUUCCACCAUCACGCCAUCCGCGCGGCCAGCAUCGUCUCCCUGCUCCUACCCCUUGCCACCCUGCCCCUCCUCAUCCUCCUCCCAUCCGCCUCCCUCGCUCACUCAACACCAGUCCUCUCACCUCAUCAGCCCCGGGCGAAGCUUCCUCUGCCGAUACUCCUCCAGCCUCCCACAGAGCACUGCGUGUAGCAGAACGCUCCUCCAUCCAUCCUCCCUUCAUCGAUCACUCACCAACCACUCAGACACCACAUUCUAUGGCAGAGCGCCAUCCCUUUGUCGGCCUUUCUCCAACCUUCCAGACAGCACGGUGUAUGGCGGGCCGAAACCGGAGGCGGGGCGGCAGCGGGUGACGCUGCAGCAGGUGGGGAGCAAGUACCGGCGGGGCGAGCCGAUCGUCAUGGUCACGGCCUAUGACUACCCCUCCGCCGUGCAUGUGGACAUGGUGAGUGGUGGGUGGGGUGGGCAUGAAGUCAUGGCGGACAUAGACAUCUGCCUGGUGGACUCAGCACCCAUGGUGCUCCUCCUUCUUUCUAGCCUAUAUCAGACGGAGAUAGACAUCUGCCUGGCUUCUCCUCCCGCUCUCCAAGCCCCUUCACGCUUCUUUGCACAAGCGGACAGAGACACCUGCCUGGUGGGCGACUCAGCAGCCAUGGUGGCGGACAUAGACAUCUGCCUGGUGGGCGAUUCAGCAGCCAUGGUGGUGCAUGGGUAUGACACCACUCUGCCCAUCACGUUGGAAGACAUGCUGCUGCACUGCAGGGCGGUGGCACGGGGAGCCUCUCGGCCGUUGCUUGUUGGUGACCUUCCCUUUGGCACAUACGAGCAGAGCCCACAGCAGGCAGUGAACAGUGCAGUGCGGCUGUUGAAAGAAGGCAACAUGGACGCGGUUAAGAUAGAGGGGGGCAUACCAGCGCGGGUGGCAGCAGCGCGGGCGGUAUCUGAGGCGGGUAUAGCUGUGAUGGGGCAUGUGGGGCUCACUCCACAGGCCAUCAGCUCACUGGGAGGCUUUCGCCCCCAGGGCAGAUCCGCUGCCAGUGCGCUCAAGGUCGUGCAACAUGCACAGGCCCUGCAAGAAGCUGGGUGCUUCGCGGUGGUUCUUGAGUGCAUGCCAGCAGUGGUGGGAGCAGCAGUCACAGCUGCUGUCGACAUUCCCACUAUCGGCAUCGGUGCUGGCCCUCUUUGCAGCGGACAGGUGCUAGUAUACCAUGACCUUCUCGGGAUGAUUCAACACCCUCACCAUGCCAAGGUAACCCCGAAGUUCUGCAAGGCAUUCGGCCAAGUGGGCGAGGCAAUUCAACAGGCGCUGAACACUUUUAGAGAGGAUGUAACCUCUCGCGCAUUCCCGUCCGCGCGCUAUUCUCCAUAUAAGAUUGAUGCCGCUCAAGUGGAGUCAUUUACUCAGCUUCUCAAAGCCCAUGGGCUGGCCAGCUCAGCUGAGGCUGCAGAGGCUGCUGUGGAAUCUGCAGCUGCUGAAGCUGAUGCACUAUCUAAGAAUGUAUAG